UCUAGACAAUCAGUCGCAUCCACCCACAACAAUAACCUUACGACGUCUUCCUCCACCUCCUUUUCUCGAAGUCCUCCACACACAGCACGAUCCCAGAACAAUGGCAGAAUCCAUCUCCACGCCGCGCAUAACCUCGCAAUACCUCGACUCCUUCACCAAUCGCACCAUCCGCAUCGUCGGCAAAGUAACACAGCUGCGCGGCGAGCAAGCUACGAUCGAUAGCGAUGGCCCAGUAACAGCACAUCUGAAUCGCGAUGCGCAUCUGACGGUUGGACAUGCGGUGGAAAUCGUGGGCAAGGUGAAUCAGGAUUUGAGUGUUAAGGUGUUGAUGGCUGUUGACAUGGGGAGGGAGUUUGACUUCGGUGUCUAUAAAGCCGUAGUUGAUGCUACUCACCGGUAUAAGGAGAUUUUCUACUCCACAUAGGGAACAGGACUUUGGACGGACGGCAGGGUUGGAAGUUCACGAUUACGGUUACUUGGUUGAGAUGUUACCAAUAAGGAAUGGCAUGAUAUGAUAUGUUAUGACUGAUAGGACGGGCGGAGGAAAGGUGGAUGGAUUGAUGAUAUCAACGACAACAUGGGACGGAACAACAUGAACUACGGUGAACCAUGCGGGUGGGCAGUGGAGGCCGCGUCCUGAGGAAAGACUUCGAGGGGUGAGACGAGUAUUAAUUGGUAAAACAGCUAUGAGUUUAAUUCAAAGUAAC